GCGAUGCAUCACGUGUGUAGAAGCGCGCUCCCCCGGGAUGGCAUUUACCGCGUGCGCACCGCCGCACUUGAUUGUCCACACUCACCAACCACGAUAUGCCUGCUCCAGUCAAAAAAAAGCGUCAUACUAAGAAGCGUGUAAAGGAAGAUGUUUCCGAGAGCCCUCAUUUGCGGCACCCAAAGCCUAAAACUGGUCCGGAGGCUGAGCUUGCUUUGGAGAGAACUAUCUCCCGAAUCCUGUUGCAUCGAUUCGAAUAUGAUAUUGCGCGUCUGUUCUCGACGCAUAUACACUGCGUCGCGCUCACCGAGCUACCGCGUCUUAUCCAAUCUGCUCUGAUCAUCGCUACACCUGGCUGGAUAGCAUUGAAUGCGAAUUCGGAUGAUGUAAAAGACUUCUUCCGAGGGGCCCUGGCACUUGAUCUCCGUCAAGCGGGUGAACGUGUUGCAACAAAGAGUGUGCUGUGGUCAUACACCGCCAUUCGUCACUUUGCUGUCUCUCACGAAGUACCCUUAUGUGGUCAACGAGGCCUUCACUCUCAUUUACUACUUCCUUUCCACGAUCACAUGCGCGUACACCUCAAGACUCUCGAGCGUGGAGGGGCUCCAGUGCUCUCCAAACCAUACCAUUUAAGCUCGACUACCAGCGGGCUGAAGUCUCUCGAAACCUAUUGCACUUCUCGUGUCAAGAGCACCCCGCCUGGAAAGUUACCGAAAGGGUGGCUUAACUGGAAGGUCAAAAUUAAAGAAGGGUAUGAUCGCAUGGUUGAGACGCUUUGGGAGGUGGCUCAAGAGUUUGACGUACGAGGAUAUGGCCUAGUCCUGCGAGAGAAGCUUACUGACAAGUGGUGCUGUCUCGGAUGUCUCGGAACGGUUUGCGAGCCAAGCGUCAGAUCUUGUGAUCAACACAAGUCCUCAGCCGCUGGAAAAGGGAAGGAAAGAGAGUGGGAUGGUCGUGGUGCCGGAGUAAUCGGCUGGGAGACUGAAAACGAGGAAGACUCUUGGAAGACGGACCUCGAUUUUGGUGGCCUGCCGAUAGACGAGCUAGACACGCACCGAGAUGAAUCUGACGAUAUUGAAAAUAUUGAAGGUGCCAUGAGUGUAGGUGAGCUCAUGGAGUGGCGCUAUAUUAAGGCCGAGCGCGAAAAGGAGAAGGGAAAUGCUGCAUUCAAGCGAGGUGAUUAUCGGAUCGCUGUUGAACAUUACGAGAAAGCACAUAGCAUUGAGGCGGAAAUUCCUCAUUACCAGCUUAACCUUGCAGCCGCGCAUCUGAAACUUGGAAACUGGAUGCAGGCCGAGAAAGCGUGUGGUGUCGCGCUUAGACAGCAGAAGAGCACCAAGGCAUACUGGAGACGCGCAAGAGCUCGCAAAAUGAUGGGUCGACUCGCAGAAUCUGAAGAAGACUUGAGAUCGAUACUCGUCCUUCAGCCGUCAAAUGAGGAAGCACUCAUAGAGCUUGCGUCAAUGAUGCGUACGAGUACACCCCCUCCAAAUGAAGGGGGCUCAUCUCGAGGUAAUCUGCUCUCUCCUCGCGCUACAGCAUCAUCUCCGGCCUCAUCCUCGCACUCUCAUCGUCUGUCUCCAACAUCCUCCAAAUCAUACACUGGUGUUAAGCAACCUGAUAAGCUAAAUGAUCGCCCGAUACCAUUCGAAAUUUGUGACACUGAUCGUGUUAAGCUGAAGAUUCAGUGUCUGCCGCUUACAAUAAAUAUCGAUCCUGCGGUUGGCCAAGAAACGUUCUCAUACCCAAGUUGGGACCGCUAUCAAUUGAAGACAGUUUGACAUAUCUCUCCUUCUGUCCUAUAUUGCACCUUUUUUGUGUUUGUUCUUUGUAACAUGCCGAAGUCUUGAAUGACAGGCUUUGGUUUGUAGAUACCACGCCCCUAACCACGAGUCGUUGCC